AUGUUGGACUACGGAUGGGGAAACCCGUCGCCGGUCAUGCUCACCGGAGACGACAAUCCCCAAGAUUCUGACCACCACAUCUUCGAACCUUUCGCCGCCCAAAACUUCCCGGAAACCACCGCUACCUUCAUACACCCGGACACCCACUUCGCCGCUUCCACCGCUGCUGCCGGAGGCGGAGGCAGCGGCGUCCCCUUCCACCCAAACCCCCAGUUCACCCCCUUCUACGACCCGCGCGCCUACGGCGCGUCCUCAUACCCCCACCAACCGCCGGCGGCGGCGCCUACGCCGCCGCACAUGCUGUCGCUUGAACCAGCCGUUCCGGCGGGGUUCUUGUCGGUCCCCAAGGCCGAGCCGGGGGCCGGCGGGUUCGAUUUCAACGCGGAGUACAGCAGCAGGAUAGGGCUCAACCUCGGCGGCCGGACCUACUUCGCCUCGUCGGAGGACGACUUCGUGAACCGGCUGUACCGGCGGUCCAGGAUCUUCGAGCCCGGUUCGGCCAGCUCCGCCAGGUGUCAGGCGGAGGGCUGCAGCGCCGACCUGAGCCGCGCGAAGCACUACCACCGCCGACACAAGGUGUGCGAGUUCCACUCCAAGGCCGCCACCGUCAUUGCCGCCGGCCUCACCCAGCGGUUUUGCCAGCAGUGCAGCAGGUUCCAUCAGCUGCCGGAAUUUGACAACGGGAAGAGGAGUUGCCGGAAAAGGCUAGCCGACCAUAACCGGAGAAGGAGAAAAUCAUCCCAGCAAACUAAUAAUCAAGAAAACAGUAACAAAUCUCAGCCAGCUGAUAAUAACAAUGCACCCAACACCUCAUCUGAAAACUUAGCAACUAGGUCCCCGCCGGAUUCCGGCCACCACUCGUCCUCGGUCACGGUGGCAAUAUCCCCUCCGAGAAUCUCUCUCGAUUGUUUCGGCCACCGAUCUAAUUAUGCCGGCAUGGGCCCCACCACCUCGUCGACUGCAUCAACGGGCUCACUCUUCUACUCGAAUUAG